AUGAAAUUAGCGAUAUUCAACAGAUUCACAACCAGCAUUUCGCGCACUGAAACGCACACUUUCUUUAUGCCCAACAUCGAAUAUUUGCUUACUGCCGAGUUCCAUGUGGAUAAGGGCCCCACCUUGGUGUACCAGCACCCCAGCCCGCUUCCUGGAAUUGACAACUUGGCAUUUUUACCAGAAUUAAUGCUUCCUGAUCAAAUUCACAAACGGCUGGAAGAUUAUACUCUAUUUUUACUCCACAGAAAUACAUCCACAGGAGAGUUCCAGUACCUCAAUGACCGUGCCGUGUGUGAGCCAGAGCCGUACUACCUCUAUACCAUCGUCAACAAUGUUAGUGAUGACCAGACUCGAAGAGGUUCUAUCAUCAAGUCGAUUUCCAUCAUCACCAAACUCACGUUUUUCAAGAAUUUCAAACCAUUGCUCAUGAUAUGCUUGGAUAUCUACUUCAAAACCAACAACUACAAGUGUCUAGCGGACCUCUACAAUGCCGUUAACAUCAAAAACUUCACACUCGUUUCUAACAAGUCAAUGUCUCUCAUCAAACGCUUGCUUAUAACCUCCAUUUUGGACCUUCCUAUCAACGACAAGAUAUACUCAGAUGAAGCGUUUCGAAAUCGUCUUCUCGGGACCCGCGAGGCAAUCAAUGACGACUUGUUCAUUCGCAAAGAUUUGAGCUACAAUUCCAUUGUCAAAUUCAAUGCCAUGAAUAUCCCCAUUAGAGUGCCCAUGGUGGAACUUCCUGACACCAUAGGAGACUAUCUCAACCCCACCAACCUCAACUUUAAGCCCAACUUGAUCCACUUGCUCACGGCUCGCUUGGUGACCGAAUUGUACAACAACGAACUCACCAUCUACGGCCUUCAAACACCGCCAAUUAUUGUCUUGAUCAACGCACUUUUGACGGGAAAAAGAGUGAUUUUCUUGAGCUACGAGAACUCUUCGGGCUACAUUAUUGACUCGAUUCUCCUAGCGUUGAAACUCAUUACUGGUGGAGGAAUUUUGACUGGCUUUUUCAGCAAUUACAAUAUAUUUCCCAUGAUCGAUGUUUCCAAAAUUGACCUCUUGGAAAAGUGUGAUUCGUAUCUUGCCGGCACAAUUAACCCGUUUUUCAAGAACAACGACAAGCUUUGGGACGUCUUGUAUGAUUUGGAUGCAAAUGAGUUUCAUUUAUCAACCCAAACGUCGUCUGCUUCCGGUGAGUCGCAGCUCAAAAACUCGAUCAUUUCUGAAGACGCCAAGUUUCUUUCCAAUCUCCAGUUGUCAUUGUUCAAUUAUAACGACGAUUUGACAACUAUACAAUUGAUCUUUCGUCGCCAUAUUAAUGAAAUAAUCAGAAUAAUGUUGCUGCUGAAAAAUUUCAACACCAGCAUGCUUCCUACCAACAAAGAAUUGAUAUUACUCAUGGAUGGUAUUGGUUACUGCUGGGGAAGCGACGCCAAUAAACUCGUGGAGCUUUCUUGUUAUCAAGUGGUUCUGGCAAAGUUCCAAACACUUUUGUACGAGGGAGUUUUCGAGUACACCUUACUUCUUCCCAACCUUGCCAAUGAAUUGAACUUGAUGAUAGACCUUCAGUACCAUCUUCAAAGCAUCAAUGUGCUCUCAGACCGCAAAAAUGAGAGAGAAGUAUGGUUUAAUCUUCUCAAAUUUUUAAUUUCUGGCAAAUCACUCGAGGUAUUUCUUCUCAUCACCUACUUGAUUCCUCCCAGCUCUUCCACCAGCUUACAGUCGUCUUCGAUGCACGGAGGUAGUCUCACCAUUUUUGACAAAAACAAAGGCAUUGAGAUCUUGUUGAUCAACUUGUUCAAUAGUGACGAUCAAGUCAAGUCGAACAUCCUCAUGAUUCUCCAGGAAUUGCAGGACAACCAUUUGUGUGGGUGGUGUCUCGACAAGUUUCUCAAGGGUAAUUUGAUCUACGAGAUAGCGCUCCGCGAGUUGCAGGAAAAGUAA